GGGAGGAGAGUGAAAGGGAGAUGGGAGGUCAGGGCGGCCUGCCAGCUACGCCUCCUGAUCAAGAGGUGCGCAUGUCGGACGACUCGGAGGACGACCAUCCGCGUGCUCCUUUGAAACCGGGCUUGCAUGUAUCUCGCCGCCAUGGUUUGCUUGGGGAGUCGACGCCACAUGGAGGCGGCGAUGGCGAACGGUUGCGACAGGGCUCAGAAUCGACGACUCCUCGUGGUCUGGUCGAAAGGAUUGGUUCGUUCGUUCGUGGCAUGCAGGUGGCCGAGGUUUCGCCUGGAGAUCGAGCGGGUGGUCCGCAGGUUCGAGAGGUGCGUGGGUCAAAUGAGACGACUCGCCGGGCCCGACCAGCGCCUGGGGAACUACAGACGGAGUUGAGCCAGGAACGAGAAGCAAGUGGGAACGUCACCGGUGAGGAGGAGGUGUCCGAGCAGGGGCUGUUCGGUGAGAGAUCGGCUGAAAAGACUCAGUCGGGAGGCAAGCACAACUUGUCGGAUGAGGAAGAGCAAGAGGGACUAGGUGCUCUGAAAAGGCAGAGAAAGGUAGGAGGGAGUGCUCGGACGCCAACAACACGAGAGGGCGGUUCCGUUGAGAAGAGGGAAAGGGUUGGAGGUGGGGAUGAAACGCCAAAAGACUCGUCAACACAGCGAAGAACCGGGGUGCAGAAGGACGUCGUGUUGCACAUCCACCCCGAAAGAAUUUUAGCUAUUCCAGACUGGGAAAACGCGUACAACCACCGAUCCUUGGACGAGUUCCUCGUUGAUACCAUCGCGUCGGCUAUGAUCGACUGCUACGAACGUAAAGACAUGAGAUACACGAAGCCCAUUUUCGUUCUCGCUCCGAUCGUCGCGCCUCCAGAGAACGGCGAACCUGCUAAAUAUUGGUACUAUCCUGUGUGUGGACAGCAUAACGCGAGGGCGGCGAUGAUGGUGAAAGACCAUCUCGUGUUUGAUUACUACAACUUUUGUAAAUGGCCGUUCAGACCGAUCUACUUCCCUGAUGACGAGUUCGACGGCUACGCCCAUGUCAGCUGCGAAGACAACAUGAAAGAAAAGAAGAAUCCACCGCGCUUGCAGGUUUUGUCUAUGCGGGACAUUCGCAAUAUCUGGAAAAUAAAGGGCAAACCGCGUGUGGUGCUUGGCAAUGCCUCGAAGAAACAGGACGAGGUGCGAAAGUGGGUGUGGUUCAUGGCGUUGGCAAUGAAGAAGACGCCGUACACGCCUAUCUGGAACCUGUCAACGGAAGCAAAGAAAAGAAAGGAAUGGGCUGAGAAACUUCGAUACUACCUCCCGCUGGCCAUGGCAGAUAACUCCGUCUUCGCUUUGGGGUUGAAGUUCUAUGAGGAGUGGUCGAAAGGGAAACUCCUUGCUUCCGACGGCCCGCGUUGGACUGAAAAGCCACCCACCCAUGAGGAGGUGGCCAAGCCAGGCCUCUCCACUAUGACUUACAGCCAGGGGCUGAAGAAACACGUCUGGUACGUGAAGGUGGACGACCCGUCGUUGAAAAGGGGGAAGGGGAAGCCAAAGAAAGGCGCGGAGGAGAAAAUUUUCUACGUCCAAGUUCCGGAGCCGGAUGUCCACUGCUGGAAGGAAUUGGUGGACUUGACGGACCACGAGAAGAAAAGGCUGUUGAACAGCGUCUUAAACCUUAACGUCGUGUGGGUUCAAACGAGUAGCAAAAAGUUGGCCGAGCAGGGGAAGUUCAGUGUCAAGGAGAUGGUCGACAUAAUAAAAAUGGACCGGAUUAUGCUGAGGCUGUGGCACUACGUGGAGUUCGAGUAUGAGGAAAUGGAUAAGCGGGAGUGGAAUGCCAACUCCACGUUCUUCAGGUCCAAGAAGCAACUGUUCGAAGAGUUCAAGGACAGAGGUCUCGACGACAAGCUUUGGAACGAGAGCAGGAAAUUUUUCACAGACACCACAUACGUCAACAAGUGCCCUCAGUUUCUCAGGUGUCAUCACGACAACAACAUCAAGAGAAUGGCGGCCCUCGUCAACGACCAGCAUUUCCCAGCGGAGUGGAAGCGUGUCGUCCUUUCGGUGAUCACUGGAGAUCGCGGCAAAGGCAAAAAAAACCCUCGGGGCGUUGAUGAAUGCAUCAACAUUAUGUGGACAAGGACAAGCGCCGUGACGACGCUGGCCCAGUUUAACGUCGACCCAUUGACUGCCAUAGAUUACAAGGCCGCGCUGGGAAAACUAGGGCAUCAGCUACGCUCCCACACUUGCGUGCUCGACUUGUGCGGAACUGUUGACCGUGCGCAAUGGGACUUUGGGACAUUCGCGUCUCUGAGUGAGGUGCUGGGUUUCGUUUGUCAGGACUACUGGACAUUGGUGGUAUUCGUCCCCUGCCUGUGGAACCUCUCCUUCAUGACAUGUUUGUUUGCGCUUGGGGCUACCCGAUGCUACACGGGGAAGUGGGUUCGGAAGACGGCAUCGAAGAAGACGCAUCAGUUCGGAAACAGCGUUUGGGAGGAUGUGAUGCACAUCCUUUUCAAAGGCGAGGAUCCUCGGCUACUGACUCACCCGGUGUACGAGGGAGCUGUUGCUGAAGACGACGACGCCGCUCUCCGGAGGAAACAGAAAGUGACACCCACGGUUAUGGAGGAGAAGUCUUUCAAGUCUUUGACUUUCGCGGACAUCGGAAACCUGACCCAGAGGGGGGCUCUGUACAAGGACGGCGAGCGGAAUCCGAAUCAGUUGUGCAAUCAGAUUCUUUUCUUCUGUGGUGUGGCGGAUGCCGUGCUGUUCUUGGGCAAGCCGCACGCGCAGGUGGUGUGGAGUCUGCUUCAGCAGGGAAUGCACGUCUUGGCCGUGGAUGGGGACACAACGCAGCUCGAAUACACCGUGCAGUAUGUCACCCAUGAAGUGUCGUCCAAGGCUUACCCAUGUGAUUUCCAGCAUGUCGUGGUCGAGCCCGUUUAUGACCCGGACAAGGACAUGUUCUUCAAGUUGACUCCGAAGAAAAGGCGCCAAGUCUACUUCUUCCUUUACGGCGAACAACCAAGGUUGAGAUUUGACCCGCAGUACGUGGUGCGGAAGGAAGUCGCCAUUGCGGUCCUCCAGGGCUACCAUAGAGCGAGUCGGGCCAGCGCUGUGAGCUUCAUUAAGAGGCUGGAAUAUGUCUUUUUUAACGAGGAUGUUGUCGAUCCGGCCGACUUCACUUUGGAUAAGUACAAGCUGGCAUUCGGUGAGGAGGACGGCUUCAAUAUCGAGACUGAGCAAGAGGAGAGCGUUGAGGAUGACCUCUUUGAUUUGGACGGGCAAUUGGCCAUCUUCAACGCCCAAGUUUCUGAGUCGCCGUCAGUAUGCAAACCGGGGACACCUCUCGCUACACCUACCUCAGGCGGUCCCAUGCCCGUGUCCUCCUCAGCGCCUGUCAAGAGGGGUGGGUUGUCCCGUCUGAGGAGUUCACCGGGGGAGCCUAUUCGUCUCACGCCGCAACGCGAACGUCUUCGACCCGGCCAUCCAGUUCCUUCGGACCAUCCACAUCUCAAGGCUCCUGCGACUCCCUUCCACAUGGGCGACAAACACACCUUCUCCACAUCCGAAAAUUGGGGCCAUGAUAUCGUGUGGCACCCAGACCAUUUCCAGCCAGUCCUUCUCGACGACGAAUGGGCAGUGGCUGUGAGGGACGUAAGUGGAGGGUGGAUAUAUGACGAUCGUUGGGACCUCGAGACAUUCGAAUCUCGCGCCUACGAUGCAGUAUUGGAGAGAUUAAGUGAGGUCAAUCGACGAAGUAAGGACGACCCUGCUCUUCGCGAAUACGGGGACACGUUGUUCGAGUUCUUGCAGUCAAAUAAAUGGCUGGAAGUGUCCUCCGUGUUCUACGCCCUUCCGUCAAGCCCGUCAAUUAAGCAAGUGAGUUGGGAGUUGCCUGGGGUCACCCCGCCGGCAGGAGAUGUGAAGCGCAAGUCUCGCGGAAAGGACGAUGACGGGGAUGGCGGCGGAAAGGGGAAAAAGGGAAGCCGGGAGAAGAAGAAGCCUCGCAGCGGAGAGAAGACAAAGCAUCACAGAGGAGACGGGCAGGGGGCCGAUGUCGACCGCGACGAGGACGGUGGGGUUCUGGCGGUAACAGGCAGCACCUCAAUGGAGACGGGGAACGACUUGAGGCCUGGGUGUAUUACGCGGCCUGGCGAGCAGGACCCUGUGAUUAGCUCGACCAGCGAAACACAGUUUGUCGAUGCGGUUGGCGAGGCGGGUGUCGCAAAGCAUGGAACAUGCUUCGCUCAACUCCAAAAACGGUUGGCGGAUUGUCUCGGAUCAAUCCGAACCUCGGAGACGGCCUCGUUGUCCGGAACUCAAUGCCUUCCGGGAAGCGAGACGACAACAUACCACUGGUCCGGCAGCGACAACCUGGAACCAUGUUCCGUUUCGCCUCAAAAGGAAUUUCGGAUUAAUCCGAACCGCGAAGGCCGUGCCAUCGAGGGAGCACAGUUGUCUACAGAACUCGAACGGGUGGUCCGGGUUUCCGAAAACCCUGGCGACGGAAUUCGGAUUCAUCCGAACCAGGAAGCCGUGUCUGCCAUGACAGACGAUCGGUGCGAACUGUCAUUGGAAAUUGCGGGGGCUCAGAUGAAUCCGAACCAGGGCCCUGUGAACAUCUCCCUCCCUGAUGCAUCUUUGGAGACGACCGUGAUUCGGAUUCAUCCGAGGCACACGGACGAAGGACUUCAACUGGCAGGCGUUGAGGGUUGUCGACUACUGACGACUUUGGACAAGGACAAUUCCGCCGACGACCGGAUUGAUCCGACACUCAAGGACGUCGAGAUGGAGCUACCAGUUCAGCCGGGAUACGACGAUCCCUUGUACUCCGCCCUUCACAACGAGGCGACGGGGGAGGACGAUCUGAAGAAGGCCUCUGACGCUGUUGGAGAUAGAUUUCUCUAUUUGAGUGGCGACGACAAAGACACAACGUACGGGGACAAGAAGUUAAGGGGGGUAGAGGUAAUGUUGGACAUCCAUGGGACAUUGAGCCCAACACAAUACGACACAGUGGCAAUGGAGAAAACACAACCUGCCGAUGUUGUGGACGUCGACGAUCUUUGUCCGGAGACAAAUAUACCGUCUACGGUCAUCGACGCCGACAUCUCGAGCCUGUCAAGUUUCCCUGUGGGUUUGGAGCACGUCGACGCGCGCAGGGGUGCCAAUCGUGCUGGGACUGCCGUCGGGUUUCCUCGAGAUGGAAGAGCAGUCCUUGAAGACGUUAUCUGCUCCCGGUUGCCGCUCACUAUCAUCGUCUCGCGUUUGCCGUCGCACAGUUUACAGGUAUCCGUCAAGGACAUCGUUGCACUCGUGGAUAGAUUUGGGGAGCUCAACGAUGAGGUUGUCAAUUUCUACAUGACGAUGCUACUGGACGACUGCGGCCGGACUGCCACUACCAUGAAGACAUACACCUUUAACUCCUUCUUCGCCUCUUCACUGCUUCUGCGAGGUCCGACAGCUGUUCUUAGAUGGGCUAAAGAUGUCGACCUCCUGUCUCAUGACCUCGUCUGGGCACCGGUGUACAAGGACGGCGAACACCGGAGCCUUUUGGCCAUUGACUUCUCUAGACGUGUUUUCGAAAUCUAUGAUUCUUUCUCGGGUUCGUCAUCCAAAGAUUCCUUCUACUCCACACUUCUGGAUAAAACUGUUAAAUUUUUGAACACGGUGGCAGGUSCCGCCGGUGAUGGUCGCACUUUCGACCACUUCGCUCGCGAGGGCGGAUCCGUGGUGAUCGCGGUCGCCGCGUGCGAGCACGUGCAGGCUACGCGAACGGCGUCUGACCUACGCGUGCUCGUGCGGGACGACUGCGCCGCUGCGGAUUCCGGGAAGGUCGUUCCCAAUUAGGUAGGGCAUCGACGAUCGAUGGCCUCUGACGAGUCGAUGCCCGGGGAUACGCGUAAGCGCGCAACUCAAAUCGCGUUUUACACGUGUCCUCGCGCGGCGUUCGCCAAGCCCGGCAUCCGAUCGUCUAAUUACUCCGUGAUGUUCUGAGUAUGCAAGAUGCAACGAUCACAACAGCUCGAUCAAAGGACAAGCAAGACAAGGACAGGAUUAUUGAUUGCGCAAAAUUCCUAUUCUACACACGAGUGCAUCAAAUGCGACAAACAAAAAGCAAAGACAAGG